UUUUGGCGGCAGACAGUCUACGAAGAAAAGAGUUCUGUUGUGUCUUAGCAGGUUUCCAUUCAUUUGUUCGACUGAAAGACCAACCGACGGACCAAUCAACCGACGGAUUUCUUGUGUGGGACUGCAAGUAGUUGCUGCUGCUGGGCCACUGGGGUUAUGGAGAUUUGCCAUCUUCUCGUGGAGAUGUUGACCGUAGAGAAUAGACACGAGGUCGAUUGUUGGGGUUGUAAGUUCAAACUCGAAAAACCUUAAACCCUUCUUUCGCUUGCUCGCAUGCGUCUGUGCCCCUGGAUGUGGAGCACUGUCGGUGGUGUGCGAUCUGCCGUGAUGCUGGUAGGUUGGAGUGGAAAUUCGGUUCCAGAAAGUUAUGAGUUUUUCGUGCUAGGAAGGAACAGGGUGUGGUGAGGACAGCAGAAGACAUCGAGGGAAUGGAUUCGCAUGAAAGAGGAGGACGUUGGGGAUGGUGAGGAUUAUCACCUGUGAGAAGAGCAGUGAGUGGCAACCUGCUACAACCUGCCAUGAGUGGGAUGUGGAAAGAGUUUCUAUGGGGCGGAAUGGCCGGGGUAAUUGGGGAGACGAUCAUGCAUCCCAUGGACACUCUCAAAACUCGAAUUCAAAGCGGGAGCUCAACCGGAAUUAAUCUUCAACGUUAUGGGUGGUGACAGCACAAUCGAUCAAGUGGAGCCUACCGUAUGAUCAAGUUAUCAUAUGAAUCUGAUCUUCCCGAUCGGAUGACAAAGACCAUCUAUAAAAUCAAGCGGUUGCAAUUAUAGAAACAUAAACAUUUCACAUGUUCAGAAAAACCAUGUUAUUCGAGAAGGAUUCAUAAACUUAUAUAUGUCAUCAUAUGUUCAGAAACACAAUGUUAUUCGAGAAGGAUUCAAGGGGAUUCUAAGACGAGAUGGGUUUCAAGGUUUUUAUCGAGGGGUCAUCCCAGGCAUGACCGGUUCCCUAGCGACUGGAGCAACAUAUUUUGGUUUCAUAGAGACAACGAAGGACUGGUUGAAUGUCAAUAAUCCAAGUUUAGCUGGUCCUUGGGCUCACUUUCUCGCUGGAGCAGCUGGUGACACACUGGGUUCAGUAGUCUAUGUUCCAUGCGAAGUGAUCAAACAACGCAUGCAAAUUCAGGGCAGUAAGAAAGCAUGGCAAUCGAGUAUGACUCAGUUGAACAAGGCACCAGGAGGUGCUUAUUAUUAUACAGGUGUUUUUAGUGCCGCAAAGCACAUUUUACGACACGAAGGUGUACAUGGUCUAUAUGCUGGAUAUUUUUCCACCUUGGCUAGAGACGUCCCCUUUGCUGGUUUCCAGAUAAUGUUCUACGAAGCGUUUAGAGAGGCUGUGGUGUGGAAUCAUGCUCGACUUUCUCGCCCUGUGUCUUCUGCAUCGAAGUAUGAGUUUGGCUCAGCUGAGGAGCUUGUACUGGGUGGAGCUGCCGGCGGUAUUAGUGCUUUUUUGACUACACCCAUGGAUAUCAUCAAAACAAGGCUCCAAGUGCAAGGCACCAACAUACGGUACAAAGGAUGGCUGGAUGCCCUACAAACUAUCUGGAAAGAAGAACGUAUUCCAGGACUAUUCAAAGGGGCCGUGCCUCGUAUUAUGUGGUUUGUGCCCGCUGCUGGUUUAACGUUUAUGUCUGUAGAACUUUUGAGGAAGACUUUCAAUGGAGGUCCUGCUUACGAGGUUGAAUCGUUACCUCUACCUCCAAGGCUUCCGAGUGCUAUCAGUACACAUUCUCCGAAUUCAACGAAUCAACUACCUGUUAGGGCCUCUGCCGCAAGUGUCGAUCUGGCAUCUCUGGCAAAUUCACGUCCACCGCUUGAGGAGCAAGUCAGGUAGUACUUAUCGGUUUACUAUCAUAAAUCGAGUGUGCCAUCACGGCCUAUUCAUUUUUUGCUCAAGAGCACAGACAAGGGAUUCAAGUAGAGUUUCGAAUCCGUUGUCGAUAGUGGAGACGAAGGAUUUAGCCGGAGGGUAUAAAUUCUCAUUCGUGUCUAAACUUGUAAUUAUACCGCCCUGGGUUGUUGAGAUGAAGCAAGUUGAAUUGGUGGCAUCAGCUACCAUAGAUUUUAUUUCAACCUGAAACAAGGUUACGGCGCAUUCUCGUUCCAGCAUUUGAAAUUUUUGUCUGAUCCACCAGCAGUAGUUGAGAUAGAACUGGGACUUGCGAUCAAUUGCCCAAUUGCCCAGGGUCUCUGUCCGGAAGAAGCCGUCUAGGGCUUAGAAAUAUGUGGGAACACAUUCAUAAUUCAUUUGUUUCUAUGUGAACAGUUGUGGAAACAGGAACACCACCCCCUCCCUCAAUUCAAUGGGCUUUGGCGAGGUGGUGUUGGCCGUCAUUACAUUACGUUACUCUUGACUCACAUCGUAUCACAUUUCUGAGUAAAGCUUGCCCACAG